AUGGAGGACGCCGAUUUUGCACUGGCGCUGCAGCUGCAGAUGCAGGAGGAGGAGGCCGCGGAGCGGGAGCGGGCGGAGAGGCAGCGGCGCGCGGAGGCGCAGGAGGGCCCGCCCCAGCCGGCGCAGCGCACGGGGGCACAGCCGACGCGGGCGGGGGCGGUCGCAGCUCACCAGCAACAGCAGCAGCAGCAGCAGCAGCAGCAGCGGCGGCCCGGGCGCGGGCCGGGGCACCAGCGGCCGGCUACGCUGGACGGGGCGGCAGCGCGGUUGCGGCCGGUCAUGGAUAAGGUUGAGGAGAAGUGCAGCAUCAGCUGA